UGGCGCCCAGCCGGGAUCCGUAGGUUGAGGCUGGGAGCGGGCGGCGGCGGCGGCGGCGGGGAGCCUGCGCAGCCGGGGUGGCCGUGGUGGCCCUGCAGCGGCUCGCGCAGGCGGUGGUCGUCGCUGCAGCCGCUGCGGAAGGAGGAAACGGCGAACUCAGCGCGGAGCGGGCAGGAGGGAAGGGAUUCUGGAGUCACCCGGCGUCUCCCUUCUCGAACUUCUCUCGGCCCUUCUCAGUUGAUUCGUAGCGCGAAAUGCAUGGCCAUGGAGGCUACGACUCUGAUUUUAGUGAUGAUGAACACUGUGGAGAAUCCAGCAAAAGGAAAAAACGGACAGUUGAAGAUGAUUUACUGCUCAAAAAGCCAUUUCAGAAAGAAAAACAUGGAAAGGUGGCCCAUAAACAAGUUGCAGCAGAAUUGCUGGAUAGGGAAGAAGCAAGAAAUAGAAGGUUUCAUCUCAUAGCUAUGGAUGCUUAUCAAAGGCAUACAAAGUUUGUAAAUGACUAUAUUUUAUACUAUGGUGGCAAAAGAGAAGACUUCAGGCGAUCGGGGGAAAAUGAUAAGACAGACAUGGAUGUUAUACGAGAAAAUCAUAGAUUCCUGUGGAACGAGGAGGAUGAAAUGGACAUGAAUUGGGAGAAGAGACUUGCAAAGAAAUACUAUGAUAAAUUAUUCAAGGAAUACUGCAUAGCAGAUCUAAGUAGAUACAAAGAAAAUAAGUUUGGAUUUAGAUGGCGAGUAGAAAAAGAAGUAAUUUCAGGAAAAGGCCAGUUUUUCUGUGGAAAUAAAUGUUGUGAUAAAAAAGAAGGCUUAAAGAGUUGGGAAGUUAAUUUUGGUUAUGUUGAGCAUGGUGAAAAGAGAAAUGCCCUUGUUAAAUUAAGAUUAUGCCAAGAAUGUUCCUUUAAAUUAAAUUUUUAUCACAGGAGAAAAGAAGUCAAGUCAAAAAAAAGAAAGAAUAAAGCCAAAAAAGAUUGUGAAGAGUCAUCACAUAAAAAAUCCAGAUUAUCUUCUGUGGAAGAGACCUCCAAGAAGAAGGAUAAAGGACAUUCAUCCUCAGAGAAAUCAGAAAAUUCCUUAAACCAAAACUCUGAUGAGGAAGAAGGUACUUCAGAAUCUGAACUUUGGAAGGGCCCCGUACCAGAGACAGAUGAAAAGUCGCAGGAAGAAGAAUUUGAUGAGUAUUUUCAAGAUUUAUUUCUGUGAGAUGGAAGAGAGAAGCCUGCAUUCCUUAAUGUGAAAGUACACUUCAAAACUCUUCACAAAAGUUUUAUCUCCAAGUUCCAGUUUGAGUGAUUUGUCUUUGGAAAUAAAAACCUAGCUACUCUCGGGAUGUCA